ACACAGCACUCCGCGCAGAUGUGUCGCAGUGCCAGAUAGUACAAGGCUGUUGUUGGACCCGGCUAGGUAGCUUAGGAUUCCAGUGUGGCGGCGGUCAUUUCCACCCGUCAUCGCUCAUGGGCUCCUGUCAGAGCAAAGAAGAGGUGGAAGGUCGACUGACUGCCGCAGAGGAGGACAUCAAGCAGGAGUUUGAGUUGUCCAAACAGGCCUUGAAGGAUUUGGAUCAGAUCACGCGAGUGCCCCAUUUGCUCAUUGAGAUCCGGUCCUUGGGCUUUGUGGAAAUUCAAGGGAAAGACACUGGAGGAGUCUAUGGAAAAUUGGACCAUUGGUUCAAGGAGCAUUGGCACCUUGAAGACAAGACCGUGGAUAUGAUGGAAACAUGCAACGCGGAGCAAGAUUGUGGAUGCUGCGGUUUCAGUAGCACUUACACAAUGAUGGAGCUACAGGAACACCACAAGCUCUGUGAAAAGAGCUACAGCAUGGGCUACGUCACCAUCUAUGGCGUAGGAUCAAACAAUCACAACCUUUACAAAGCGCGUGGCUCUGAGGGCGAGAACAACAUGGGCAAGCUGACCAUGCAACUGGCGCAGUUCCUAACCCACGAGUGCGGAUGGACUCUCCAAGUGUGUGAUUCCGGAAACCUCGGGUGGAGAGGAGAAAUCAGGGAGCAGCAGAUGAAAUUCAAAGCCCCACAUCCCUUGAACAUGAUUGCUCCGUUGGUCAUGAUCGAACUUCGCCAGGUUGGCUACAUUGAAGUAAAUGGUGAGGACAAGGACAGCAUUUUUGAGAAGUUGGGCAGUUUUUUCAAAACAGCUUGGAGGGCUUCUCAAAUCCAAAAUGACCCUCACUAUUGCGACCUGAAGUUCCAAACCUCGGCAUUCAAAAAGAGGGGAUCAGAGGGAGAGAACAACAUGGGUCUGAGAACAAUGGAGCUGGUGGAUUUCAUGGUGAAGCAGUGCCAAUGGACAAUGGUCACUUGUAACACAGGAAAUUACGGCAGGAAGGGUGACCAACGUGAGCAACAACUCGUGUUCCGGAACGAUGAGUUUGUUCAGCACGGCGUGGAUCACCUCAUGGUGGAGCUCCGCACGGUUGGCUACAUCGAGAUCAACGGCCUGCACGAUGCAGAGGACCUCAGGCCUCACUUGAUAGAGUUCCUGACGACACAGUGGGGGUGCUCCGAGUACACCAAGUGGUUCUGGGAGAGUGACGAGAAGUACUGCGACUUGAAAUACACAGCUCCGCCCAACUUGUUCUUUGUGAACGGUUUGACCAACAACUUGGGGCGCUUAACCAUCAAGUUGGCUGAGUUCCUUGCACCACACGGUUGGCAGCUGUUGCUGUGCAACGGUGGGAGCAUGUCGCCAGACCCACGCCAUGACCCGAAUCGCAUCUUGAGAGAGCAGCAGGUGAAAUUUACUCGCGCACCUCCUGAGAAAGCAGCGGCACCUUUGCUUUUGAUUGAGCUUCGGACCAUUCCCACAAGUGAUGAUCCGCCUCAGUGGGAUGGAGUCAUUGAAAUUUGUGGGCCAGAUACCAAUGGAGUCCACGCGCAAUUGCAUGGCUUCAUCACAAAGUACAUGAAUGGAUCUCUCCCUCAAUUUGCCCCUGGGAAUUGUGACCUCUUCUACGUUUGCAACAAGUUCCGCUUGAAACCGGGCUCAUUGGGUGAAGAUGGGCGUUGGGGUGGUUACAUGAACGGAGAGAGCAACCUCGGCAAGUGGACGAUGCGCAUUUGCGACUUCAUGGUAGACCACUUGGGGGAGUGGGAUUUGAUCGUGUGCAACAGCGAUAAUCUAAGCCGCUCCUUCCGGCACGGUUCUGGGGACAACAAGUACUACAAUAGUGUGGCAGCUCGCGAGAUGCAGAUGGUCUUCCGUCACCGUGCGGGCGGUCGUGGUGUUUUCAUGUCCUCCUCCAAUGUGAAGCCCUUGGGCAGACCGCCCCUCCAACCGCCACCCUAUUGGAAAGACAAAGGUUGUAUCAAUGGAGAAGUAGGUCAGAAGCUUAUUCCAGGAACAGCUGAUGAACUUGCAUGGAUGCAGGAGAUCUUGGACAACACUUUCAAGAACAAGGUCACCAGAGAUCGCAAGGAUGGACAACCCCUAGCAGAUCGCUUUGUAGCUGUGCAAUGUAUUCGAAGCGAACACCCUCAGCUUUGGGAUCGCUAUGCAGAACGUCGAAAGGUCGUGUCCGAGUCGUGCCGCUCAGCAGAAUCAAACUUUGUAAUUCCUAAGACGAUGACGGCUAGCCACAGCCUGGCACAAAGGUGUACACAUGCUUCGGUUGGCAAUCCAGCAAACCAGGCAUACUUGCUACAUGGCACCAACCCAACCUCGGCAGUGGCAAUUCUCAGCAACUCGUUCACCGUUGACUUUGCCGGCAAGAGUGCGGGCACAAUGUUUGGACCAGGUAUCUACCUAGCAGAAAGCUCGACCAAAGCCGACGAGUAUGCUCGGGACGAUGCAGGUGGUGAAUAUGAUGGCCUCUAUGCCGUCCUGGUGUGUAAGGCCUUGCUGGGUCGGUCCUAUGUCACUGAGCAGCCUGGUGACUUCCGCGAUCCAGUGCUCAAUGGUGAGUUCGACCACGUGCUGGGAGACAGAGAGAAGGCAGUUGGUACUUUCCGUGAGUUCAUUUUCUUCCAUGAUGCCUCCAUCUAUCCCGAGUACGCUGUCUUCUACCGGAGAGAGAAGGAUGGUAGGAUCAUGCCCCGGCCAGAGCGCGAAACCGCGCCGCCGGUCAUGGAAAUGGCUGAAGAGUGAGCGCCAGUAUGGUAAAGCCAUU